GCAUGAGGCGCGAUCCGACCCCCGGCUUCUCCAUGCUGCUCUUCGGGGUGUCUCUCGCCUGCUACUCCCCCAGCCUCAAAUCGGUGCAGGACCAGGCGUACACCGCGGCCGUGGUGGUGGAGGGCAAGGUGCAGGCGCUGCCCUCCCCGCCUGGCAGCGGCAAUGGCACCCGCGAGCCCCCUGCCUCCACUGGGGGGGUCCUGGUGAAAGUCUUGGACCUGUGGCCCCGCAACAGCGGGGGGCUGCAGCGCGAGCAACUGAUCAGCGUGGGCAGUGCGGGCUCCCCGGCGCCCUGCUUCAAAGUGAAGAGGAACCACCGCUACAUCUUUUUCCUGGAGCCCACCGAGCAGCCCCUGGUCUUCAGGACAUCCUUCGCUCCCCUGGAUACCAGCAGCAAGAACCUCAAGAAGGAUGUGGGCAGGAUCCUGUGCGCAGACUGCGCUGUUCCUCCCAAACUGAAGAAACUGAAAAGCCCAAAUGUUCACGUCGGGGAAAAAAUUUCACUGAAAUGUGAGGCUACUGCAGGGAAUCCCCAGCCCUCCUACAAGUGGUAUAAAGAUGGCAAAGAACUGAAGAAGAGCAAGGACAUCCGAAUAAAAUAUGGGAAUGGCAAAAAAAUUUCCAGGCUGCAGUUCAAUAAGGUGAAGCUGGAAGACGCUGGGGAGUAUAGCUGUGAAGCCGAGAAUGUGCUAGGGAAAGACACAGCAAAAGGCAGCCUUAAUGUGAGAAGUGGAACAACGACUGCACCACAAGUCUUACCUGCUUCAGAAACUAAAUUAGUUGUAAUGGAAGAUGAGUUAGCGACCACACUCUCCUCCUGGUCAGGACACGCCAGAAAAUGCAACGAAACAGCCAAAUCCUAUUGCGUCAACGGUGGGGUGUGCUACUACAUCGAAGGGAUCAAUCAGCUGUCUUGCAAGUGUCCGAUUGAAUUCACCGGGGACCGGUGUGAGCACUUCGCAAUGGUCAGCUUCUCCAAGCAUCUUGGAUUUGAAUUAAAGGAAGCUGAAGAGCUCUAUCAGAAGAGAGUUUUAACCAUCACUGGGAUCUGCGUUGCAUUGCUUGUGGUGGGAAUAGUAUGUGUGGUCGCUUACUGUAAAACCAAAAAACAACGAAAACAAAUGCAUAACCAUUUACGGCAAAAUAUGUGUCCUGCCCAUCCGAACCGGAGCCUUGCCAAUGGCCCCAGUCACCCCCAGCUGGAUCCGGAGGAAAUUCAGAUGGCUGAUUAUAUUUCUAAAAACGUUUCUGCCACUGACCAUGUGAUACGGAGGGAAACAGAGACGACGUUUUCAGGAAGUCAUUCCUGCUCCCCAUCUCACCAUUGCUCCACAGCUACUCCAACUUCAAGCCAGAGGCAGGAAAGCCACACAUGGAGCUUGGACCGCACGGAGAGCCUGACUUCUGAUUCGCAGUCUGGUAUGAUGCUCUCUUCAGUGGGAACCAGUAAAUGCAACAGCCCUGCCUGUGUCGAGGCCCGCACCCGGCGAGGAGCUGCGUAUUGCACUGAGGACUCGAGAAGACCCACGAUGCAAUACAGGGAUUCUGUGGAUUCGCUGCGAGACUCGCCACACAGCGAGAGGUAUGUGUCUGCUCUGACAACACCAGCACGUCUGUCUCCUGUUGACUUCCAUUACUCACUCGCUGCACAGGUACCUACCUUCGAGAUCACCUCCCCCAAUUCUGCUCACGCGGUGUCCCUUCCACCUGCGGCACCCGUUAGCUUCCGAGUGGAAGAGCAGCAGCCUUUACUGCGACGCUAUCAGGUGCCCUUCCAGGAUAUGCAGAGAUAUGACAGUUACUACCAAAGGAAGAGCUACUUGAAUGAGAGCAUGGGGAGCCUGCCUUCGAGCCCCUUCUGCAUCACGGAGGAUGAUGAGUAUGAAACAACACAAGAGUACAUCCCAGCACUAGAACAACCAAAGAAAACAGCUAGCAACAACAGGCGGUGGAAAAGAUCUAAACUCAACGGGCAGGUCUCACACAGAGCCCGGACGGUCAGAGACUCCUUCUCAGGAAGCAGUGCUUCAUAUAGUGAGUCGGAUGAGGAGCUCAUGGCGGAGAGCACCCCAUUCUUAAGCAUUGAAAACACUGAGGCAAUGAACACAGAUUCGCCGCCGCUGUAUCGGCCGGGAGACAGCAGGACUUACUAUUCCUUCGAGAGACAAAGUGCACAGUUGGAAAGCGGGCAAAGCAGAUCGACACACACAAGACCCAAACAGGACUCGGCUCCUCUUAGAAGCCACACAAACUCACGCACCCACAAACACACCUGUAUCAAAAAGGAGGAAAGAUAUUUUUAUUUUGUAUAAAAGAGGAAAAAAUAUAACAAAUCAAAUGUUUUAUUUUCAUUUUAGCAAAGUUGUCUUAUAAUAGCUAACAGCAAAGACUUUUUUAUAGGGAAUCUCUAUUUAUAUGUAACAUCUUGACUUACAGCUUCCGAGAGAAAAAAACACAAACAAAACAAAAUAAAUAAAUAAUAAAAAAAGAUGGGCCAAUUUUUGACAACUUAAAAAUAGAAAAAAGAAAAUCAUGGUGCCUUUUUUUGCUGUAUGCUAAUGCCAGAGUCCAUGCUGAGGAUUACGUUUCAGUAGCAUUCUUAAGAUCAUAGGUUUUAAUUCAAGACAACUUACCAUGUUAAGGGCACUUUCCCAUUUGAAAAAACAGCACCCUCCACUUUGCCCCAUCUCUGGAUGUUUAUUAUCUCGUUCUUUAAAACAUUGUUAUAACACACACAAAUGACGUGUAUGUAUGUUUUCAUAAAUACCUCCUAAGGGGAAUCCAUCUUGCCCACUCAAAUAGUUGUAGUUUUGCUUAUUUCAGGAUGGGAAAAUUACAUACCAGAAUGUAGAAAUAAUGGGUUUUUUUUUGCAACAAAGGUAGGAAGAGGGGAAAAAAGCAUACAGUAGCAACAACCCUUACAAUAUAUUUGUUGACCGUGUUACUUGUGGGGUCCCAAGUAAAACUCACUCAUUUUGGCACUGUUUUGUGAAGUUGUAGUCAAAUGAAUAAAACGUUUACAUGGAUGUGGUAAAAUAUUAUGUAUUUAUAUAUGGUUGAAUCCACUUUAUUGGUGCAGACCCUGAUGGGAAGGGAAACAGCCCACUGCAGCAGUUACAGACAAGCACUCUCGACUGGUCAAUUGUUUUAAAAGAUGGCAGUACAGUAUUGCAAGAAACAAUGUGAUGCUUAGACAGAGUUACAUAUUGGCCAUGAUAGUACGGAAGAGUAGAGCAAAGGACAUGGAGAAGUUAGUGACAGCACGACCACCAGUAUAGCCCUGCUAGUUGCUGUGCACUAUAGAUAGUGUUGAGUGUGCUCCAUAUGCAAUUGAUCCCUGUUUAAAGUCACUACAAUGCAUCCCCAGGACCCUGCCCCUGGCCAGUGAAACAGGCGGGCAAUAUAGCAGGAAAGCCAUUCAGUGGAUUCUUCUGUAUCCAUGUGCCAUAUAUUGUAAAGAAAGUUGUUAUUGUAAUGUGCCAGUGUUAACAUAAUAACUUGCUAUCAAAGAUGGACAUCAUGUUUGGGGCAGCCCUGGCCCCUGGACCCGUGGCUCAAAGAGACAGUGCUGUGUUUCCAAGCAGCGGAACAUUCACAUGUGAAAGUGCCCCUCCUUUCAGUUCACUGAAGCAACCCUGUUUACAUUGUAGCCUGACUUAUUUCUUUUUAUAUUUUCACUUCUGCAUGUCCUUUGCAUUUCAGAUACUGUAGAUUGGAUGCAUGGUGAAGCUGUGACUGAGAAGAUAAUACAACAAUAGACAGUGUAUUUCAUUUAACUUUUAGCAAUAAAGUAACUAAAACCCUCUCUAUUCCUCACCCACAAUGGGGUCAGAUGGAAACUCUGCUAAUUAGUCAUAAGAUGAUUGUAAACAUUUGCUCUGGAUUGUCUGAAUGUCUG